UCCACGUGGAGCUCCCACGGAGUGACAGGUAGAUAGAUCCCUCACGGAAGGAUUACCUUACGCUGCUUAAAUUCAUUACGACUCUGCAACGGUUGAAGCCUAGUCUUAAAAAAAGUGGAAAAAAAGGAACCCAUAAAGUAAACAAUAUCAGAAACUUGUGUUCUUGCCAUCUCUGAUUUCGUUUACCAGUUCCCUUACAAGCCACUUCUCUUGCCUUUCUUUCAUCUUCCCAACUCCCACUUGUAUAAAGACUCUUUUCAAUCCUUGAACCUCCAGAAAUUUUCAGUUUGCCUUCGUGAUUUAGAGAGAAUGGCAAGUGGGGAUCCAGAGAGAGGGACAAAGAAUAGAGGAUACAACGACACUAGCUUAUACUAUGUGGAAACCUCGGAUAAGCAAUGGACUUCGUGGUUGAUCCCUAUGUUUGUUGUUGCUAAUAUUGCUGUGUUCAUCGUUGCCAUGUAUGUCAAUAAUUGUCCCAAAAACAAUCUGGGUUUUGAAGGUAGCUGCGUUGCCAAGUUCCUUGGCAGGUUAUCGUUUCAGCCUUUAAAAGAGAAUCCUCUUUUUGGUCCAUCUUCUUCAACACUGGAGAAAAUGGGAGCCUUGGAGUGGAACAAGGUGGUGCAUGGGCAUCAAGGAUGGAGACUUAUCACUUGUAUGUGGUUGCAUGCAGGAGUUAUUCAUCUGCUAGCAAAUAUGCUGAGCUUGAUCUUUAUUGGAAUUCGCCUUGAACAGCAAUUUGGAUUUGUGCGAGUUGGGAUAGUCUACCUAUUAUCAGGAUUUGGGGGAAGCAUAUUGUCUUCACUCUUUAUUCAGCGAAAUAUUUCUGUGGGUGCCUCUGGUGCUUUGUUUGGCCUUCUUGGAGCAAUGUUAUCAGAGCUUCUUACUAACUGGACUAUCUAUAGUAACAAGAUUGCAGCUCUAUUGACUCUCGUGGUCAUCAUUGCCAUUAACUUGGCUGUAGGAAUUCUUCCACACGUUGAUAACUUUGCACACAUUGGAGGUUUCUUGGCCGGGUUUCUCCUGGGCUUUGUUAUACUACUUCGUCCGCAGUUUGGGUGGUAUGAAAGCCAACAUCUCCCCGCUGAUGCUCGUGUAAAAUCUAGGCACAAGGCUUAUCAGUAUGUGUUCCUGCUGGUUGCCGCGGUAUUACUUAUUGUUGGAUUUACUGUGGGAUUGGUGAUGCUAUUUAGAGGAGUGAAUGGAAAUGAUCACUGCAGCUGGUGCCAUUACUUAAGCUGUGUGCCUACCUCAAAGUGGAAAUGUGACAACUGAUGCGAGUCUUUUUUCCAUCUUGUCGUUUCAUGGAUAAUUUUUUAGUAACCUUGUUAUUGGAUUAUUUUAUCUUUUCUUCUCUAACCCUUUGAGUUUUAUUUAUCGUCAUUUGUUCAUUUGUUUGGGAUGCUUUCAGUUUCACACUUGUACAUGAGAUUUUAGCAAUAUGGCACUGUGAUAAUAUUUGAACAUGAAAAUGAGUUGUGCUAUAAAUGUUGGUUUCUCCUUAUACCCUCAAAUGAUUUGUAGAGAAUUGAAGUCUCUAAUCCAAUAAAUCUCCCAACAAAACGGGAUUAUGUGCCCA